CUCACAAGACCCCGUGAUCUCUAUGAUAGUCGAACAAUACUACUCCUACUGCGCUAUCAUUGCCUUCUUAAGACAUGCCCAAUCACUGAAUUGCCGGCUAUCUGUAAUUCUGAAAGUGACGAUUGGGCCAAAGAUGAGGGGGUACUCGAAAUGCAUUACAAUGCCUAGCCGGCCAUCUGGAAGUCCGCAGUCCCCCAACUCUUGGGACCGGCAGAUGUUCAAACUUCAAAUUUGGAGGCGACCACGCCUACACUAUCGAUGCUUUUGUACUGCACUGUCACAUUAGCAAUGCCUCUUUUCGACAGCUCCAGCCCGGCAAGCUGCAGCACAGCUCAACGUCUAUCUGACGUUUCGCCUACAUCUACAAUGGCGACGAUGGUUUCUGAUAUGGCGAACAAUGCACUUGAUGAGUCGACUGCAGUGAACGAACACCAGGAAAAACACGACGUGGCAACGGAACUGAACUAUUGGGACGACCCAGGCGAUGGCUCUCGCCCAACACCCAUCUAUAUAGGUAAGGGACACAUCACAAAUGAGCGACCUCAUCGCCCUCACCGCUUUGUGGUCUCGGAUGUGAGUGGCGAUGAAGAUCGCUACACUCUUGACAGUCACGGUUUUCAGUACAUCCGCCACGAGAGCAAGGAGAAAGACUUCGUGGACGAGCAAAGGAUCAGAGCCGAGUACUAUCCAGAGUGUGCUCAAGCUUUGCAAGAUGUGACGGGAGCCAGUCGCAUCCAUGUCUUCAAUCACAAGGUGAGAAGGGGACCGACGCACUGGCAUCACCUGGGGCUGAAGAACCUGGCGAACCGUGGGCCCGUCACCAAAACCCACGUCGAUCAGUCAUACGAUGGAGCUGAGAAGCGGCUGAGAUGGGAGCUGCCAGAAGAAGCUGACGAGCUCAUCAAAAAGCGAUAUCAAAUCAUCAAUGUCUGGCGCCCCAUCAAGACGAUAUACAAGGAUCCUGUUGCCGUGGCAAACGCGAACUCGGUCCCAGACGCGGAUCUGGUUGGGGCGGAGAUGAUUGAAGAUGGCUUUCGUGGAGAGUCCUGGGUAGUGAGGCACAAUCCUACACAUCACUGGUAUUACAAACACGGGCUCAAGACAGAUGAGGUACUUCUAAUUAAAUGCUUCGAUUCGGAUAAAUCGGUCGCCCGCCGGGCGCUGCACUCGGCAUUCGAAGACCCCGCUUACUGCAGUAUGGAACACCGGCAGAGUAUUGAAGUUAGAUGUUUGGUAUUUUAUGACACGUAGAGACGAACUAUGAAAAUAAUUUGAGAC